UUAUUGGUACCCCAUCUGAUAAAUGCAAGCUAUGCUGCUCAUCAACCUUAAAAUACUUCCGACAUCUUAGUUGGACCAUAAGUAUAUCUUUUUCUAUAGCGUAAGAAAAGACAUGUGUAAUUAUUGUUAGGUAUAUUGUAUUGAAGCAUCGUUAUGUAGUUUAAUACAAAUUUCGCUGAGAGGGUUGAAUUUCACACAACUUGAAGUGACAAUGAGCAAUCGGAUACUAUUUCUCCUUUUUGAAAUGUGAUAAUCAUUUAAUUGUAUUGAAAAUCAUUAUAGUAGAUCUCUUCCUUGCGGUGUGUAAACUGUUUGUGGUUUUAGUUAUUCCCGUCGUUUACCAUCAUCUAAUCAAAUCUGUACAGAGCUCUGGGUCGAGAUCACAUUUCGUCAAAACAGAUUAGUGGAAACUACAAUCCCGUGUUUUAAUUGGAUAGUUUGAUUCCUGUAAUCCCCGCCGGUUUCAAGUUAGCUGUCCGCGCUAGACCAUGGGAAUACAACCGCCUGAAACAACGUAGCAGAAGUCUUCUUGCAUCACUCAGCUGAAACUUCAGAGUCCAACAACAUCACAACGCAACAGACAAACCAACCUUGCGACUGGACCAACACAUCUAAUCUCAUCCUGUUUGAUACAAUUCUCACAGUCAACCCUUCUCCUGAAGUUUCAGAUUCCGUUCGCCGACUUUUCUCAUCUGUAUUGUUUAAUUACCAAAGGUUAUUUUCCUAGAUGACCUGCUAUUGAUAUGAAUACAGCCUUCCAUGCUAUCUUAUUUGGUUACUGUUAGACAUAAUUUUUUAUCUUCAGUAGAGAACUACUCAGUAUUAGCAUGAAGAUGACAUCUGAGCGUUUAUUCAUUUGUUAUUAAGACAAUCGACUUUUAGGUUAUUGGAAAUAUAAUCUAGUAAUCUUUUGGUCCAGUACUAUUUUACUCUUUAAAAUUGGUUAAUACAGGAAUUGUAUUCUUUCUUUUAGAAAUAUUGUAACUAUAUUAUACAAUGACCUUUUAAUGAUCAUUUUUACUCUUUGCCUGGUAUACAAUGUUGUCCACACCUAAUAGUUUUUGUUUUAUUUUAGAGUUUCACAAUAUGGAAUUAAGCCAUCGUGUCCCGUUUUUACCCAAGGUUUCUGAAGUUUAUAGUCGAAAUACAAAUGGUGAUAAGUCAUUCUUGAAACGCAAUAUUGUAAAUGGGCAGUCAAAACUUCAAUGGAUUUUACUAUCCAUUAUUGUAGUUGCUUUCUCAACAUUACUACUAAUUAGUGUGUAUUAUUUCUUUUUCCGUUCAUUUUCUUUUGGGAACAUGAGUUUGGACAUUGAUAUGUUGGAGGUGAAAAAAUGUCCUGGAUGUGCUGGACAGUCUAUUUGUCCACAUUUUUAUCGUGGAGAAAUUCGAUUCACUAGUAGUCAAACUAAUAUUUUUCAAUCUACCAAAGAUGGGUUAUCCUUUCCUGUUGUUGGAUACAAAGCUACUAUGGGUCCUUACGAAAAUACUAGAUAUGUUCUUCUUCGCCGUCUUGGAAGUCCAGCCACGCCAUAUGCCGUUGAUGAAGCUGUUUGUCGACGAGGUUUGAGACAAGGUUCUCAUAUGUUCUCACAGUCUCUUCUAGCUAAUCUUUCUUGUAUACCACAUCUUUCGAUUUGGCGCUGGCUCCCAACAAAUGCUGAUAAUCAUGAUCCAUUUAGUAACUCAGUAGAAUCUCCGCUUGGCAGAGAAGUUCUGGCAGUUCCAAUCCCUUCACUAAAUCAAAAAAGUGUGGGAAAUAAAAGUGUUGUAAAAUCAAGUUUUGCUCCAGCCACACGGUGUUCUAGCGAUCGUUUGUUUGAACAUCUUCAAAAGAGAUUUUUAGAACGAACAAGCUUUGGAGCUGAAACUCGUUGGUUACGUUUUGAUGAAUUGAUGUUCCUUUUUAAUUUGGCAAUCGAUCCUCAAAGUGUAAUCAUACAAUCGUUUCCACGCAAAGAAAAUUGGCCUUUUCCAAGUUAUUUAGGCUCUUGUGGACGUUGGUCUGUUGAAGAGUAUCAUGGUGUACCAUUGAGCUAUUUCUGUUUGGCUCCUUUAUGGAUAAGAUUACAGAUUUUGUUAAAUAUUCUCAGUCUACCAGAGAAAUUAGAGCAUCAAUCUGCUGAUGAAAUGAAUCAUGGUAGUUUUAUUCAUGAUAUGCAUAAACAUAAUUCAUCUGAUGGUUAUACAAUAUACCUUGGAGAUUUUGAUUUAAACUCAUUAUUUCUAGUAGAUCCUACAACAUAUGAUGUAACCAUUUCAAAUUUAAGACAUGCAAUUAUUGUUGACACAAAAACAUUAAUUAACUUUCAUUUUAAAUCGACCAUUGAAAAAGAACAUACUGUACCAACUAAUGCUUUAGUUAAAGUACUCAAUGGUUUACAAUUACACAAUUGUUUUGGUAAUAUAUCUACUUCAGGUGAUACAGAUGGUGAUACACCACCAUGUUUACAUACUAAUCAUGUUGAUAAUUUAUGCUCAUAUCAAAAAUCGGAUCAUAAUAUCUGGGUUAUAUGUACUAGUUUAUUAUACGGUGUUAAUAGUAAAGAUAAUAAUCAUUGUAAUAAUUUUCUUUAUCAAAUGCCAAAUGAAUUAUAUACACUUAUUGAACGUUGUGUUCAUGAAUCGGGAAUUGGUGUAAGACGUCAAUUAAUUGAAAAAGCUCGUCAUUUAAUCAAACAAAAUAUUUGACAUGUUAAUUUGUCUCUUCAAUUUAUUUAGUUUAUAUAAAAUUAAGUCAUUCACCGCGCGUGUGUGUGUGUUUGAUUGUUUUUUAUUCAUUUAUUUAGUUACUA